CCCGCCGAGCCCAGCUCCGCCGCCAACAUGUCGGAGGUGCGGCUGCCGCCGCUGCGGACGCUGGACGAUUUUCUGCUGGGGUCGGCGCGCCUGGCGGCCCCGGACCUCCGGGACCCGCAGCGUUGGCACAACCGGGUGGUGAACAACCUUCUGUACUACCAGACCAACUACCUGCUGUGCGGGGGGCUGGGGCUGGUCCUGGGCGGGUACCUGCGUCCGCUGCACACCGUCCUGGGCGCGCUGGUGGUGGCGCUGGCGCUGGGCGCCCUGGCGUGGCUGGCCGAGGGCCGAGCGUCCGUGCGCCGCUGCCGCCGCAACCACCCCGCCGCCUGCCUGGCCUCCGUGCUCGCCGCCGGCCUGCUCGUGCUCUGGGCCGUGGGAGGAGCCGGGGUCUUCCUGCUCGGCAUCGCCGGACCCGUGCUGCUGAUCCUGGUCCACGCUUCCCUGCGUCUGCGCAACCUGAAGAACAAAAUCGAGAAUAAGAUCGAGAGCAUCGGGCUGAAGAGGACACCCAUGGGGCUGCUGCUGGAAGCCUUGGGGCAGGAGCAGGAGGCCGGGUCCUAGACCGUCUUGUGUCCUCGGGCGUGCGGCGGGCUGGCCGCCACCCUCCUGGGGCCACCGGCCGUAGUCUCUCCCCCUCCCCCGCCUACCUCCCGCCCUCCCCGGGGCAGGGAACCCCGACACCCCCCCACCCGCCGCACAGUCCGCCACGUCGUGUCGGGGCGGGACCAAGUCCUGGAACAGGAGGGCUGGCAGGCCGCCUCAGAAUCCAGGCUUCCUGGCGCCCCGUCUCCCGCCCCCGCGGUACUAUUAUUACUCCCAGGGCAGCGGGCAAGGGGGAGGGCGGUGUUCGGGCGGCAGCCCUGCCCACCCCCGGGGUAGGACCGGGGCCUCGGCCACCCACUGCUCCCUCGCGGCCCCAGCACCGACAGUUGCCGCUCGAUGCUGAGGGGAAACACGAGGAUAUCGACGGAGCACCCGAGGAACUCACCAUCGAAAGUGGAAGGGAGACACACCCACACACGGUAGGACUCGAGUCAGAUUAAAAGCGGGCUUGCCGGGAUUCCAGGCCGUUCCCAAGACUGACCUCCUAGUCCUCAUCCCUACCCUUGGCCCCCGGGCCACUGCAUGCCGAGGAGGAGGGAGCCCCCGCCGGAGCUGAGGAGCCAACGCCCGCCCGUCCUCUUCCUGGCCUGGCUCCUCCUGGCAACCUCCAUGUCGUUCACUUCCUGGCUUUUCUCCUCCGCUACUGCCGCUUGCCUGCCUGGUGGCACGGGCGCGGGCUUGGGGAGAGGACGAACCGGAGUGUCCCCCCUGCCUCCCGGAAGGGCCGGGGGAGGCCCGGAGGAGGGAGAGCGGGGGAGAAAGCUGAAUGGGGAUUGCUACCCCUUGUCUCUGGCUCCACUGCUUCCCCCUAUUUAUUGGUGGCUCCCACGUGCUCGAUAAUAAAUUGCGUGCUCACCAGUGUA